UGGUCAAGGUCAUUCAGUAGGUGCCAGAGUUGUAGUUGUUGAUUGUGGGGGCCCCGACGGUAUUAGAGCUGGCUGGGCCCCGACGGUCCGAGUGCAGGGUGGGCCCCGACGGCCCGAGUGCUGGGUGGGCCCCGACGGUCCGAGUGCUGGGUGGGCCCCGACGGUAUUAGAGCUGGCUGGGCCCCGACGGUCCGAGUGCAGGGUGGGCCCCGACGGUCCGAGUGCUGGGUGGGCCCCGACGGUCCGAGUGCUGGGUGGGCCCCGACGGCCCGAGUGCUGGGUGGGCCCCGACGGCCCGAGUGCUGGGUGGGCCCUGAAGGCCCGAGUGUUGGGUGGGCCCCGACGGCCCGAGUGCUGGCUGGGCCCCGACGGCCCGAGUGCUGGCUGGGCCCCGACGGCCCGAGUGCUGGCUGGGCCCCGACGGCCCGAGUGCUGGCUGGGCCCCGACGGCCCGAGUGCUGGCUGGGCCCCGACGGCCCGAGUGCUGGCUGGGCCCCGACGGCCCGAGUGCUGGCUGGGCCCCGACGGCCCGAGUGCUGGCUGGGCCCCGACGGCCCGAGUGCUGGCUGGGCCCCGACAGCCCGAGUGCUGGCUGGGCCCCGACGGCCCGAGUGCUGGCUGGGCCCCGACGGCACGAGUGCUGGCUGGGCCCCGACGGCACGAGUGCUGGCUGGGCCCCGACGGGGAGGGGCAACACCUCCUACUUCCCCAAGACGCCCCCCAGCAAGGACUCCCCCAAGACGCCCCCCAGCAAGGACUUCCCCAAGACGCCCCCCAGCAAGGACUUCCCCAAGACGCCCCCCAGCAAGGACUCCCCCAAGACGCCCCCCAGCAAGGACUCCCCCAAGACGCCCCCCCCAGCAAGGACUUCCCGAAGACGCCCCCCAGCAAGGACUUCCCCAAGACGCCCCCCAGCAAGGACUUCCCCAAGACGCCCCCCAGCAAGGACUUCCCCAAGACGCCCCCCAGCAAGGACUUCCCCAAGACGCCCCCCAGCAAGGACUUCCCCAAGACGCCCCCCAGCAAGGACUUCCCCAAGACGCCCCCCAGCAAGGACUUCCCCAAGACGCCCCCCAGCAAGGACUUCCCCAAGACGCCCCCCAGCAAGGACUUCCCCAAGACGCCCCCCAGCAAGGACUUCCCCAAGACGCCCCCCAGCAAGGACUCCCCCAAGACGCCCCCCAGCAAGGACUCCUCCAAGACGCCCCCCAGCAAGGACUCCUCCAAGACGCCCCCCAGCAAGGACUCCUCCAAGACGCCCCCCAGCAAGGACUCCCCCAAGACGCCCCCCAGCAAGGACUCCCCCAAGACGCCCCCCAGCAAGGACUUCCCCAAGACGCCCCCCAGCAAGGACUUCCCCAAGACGCCCCCCAGCAAGGACUCCCCCAAGACGCCCCCCAGCAAGGACUCCUCCAAGACGCCCCCCAGCAAGGACUCCCCCAAGACGCCCCCCAGCAAGGACUUCCCCAAGACGCCCCCCAGCAAGGACUUCCCCAAGACGCCCCCCAGCAAGGACUUCCCCAAGACGCCCCCCAGCAAGGACUCCCCCAAGACGCCCCCCCACAAGGACUUCCCCAAGACGCCCCCCAGCAAGGACUUCCCCAAGACGCCCCCCAGCAAGGACUUCCCCAAGACGCCCCCCAGCAAGGACUUCCCCAAGACGCCCCCCAGCAAGGACUUCCCCAAGACGCCCCCCAGCAAGGACUUCCCCAAGACGCCCCCCAGCAAGGACUCCCCCAAGACGCCCCCCAGCAAGGACUCCUCCAAGACGCCCCCCAGCAAGGACUCCUCCAAGACGCCCCCCAGCAAGGACUUCCCCAAGACGCCCCCCAGCAAGGACUCCCCCAAGACGCUCCCCAGCAAGGACUCCCCCAAGACGCCCCCCAGCAAGGACUCCUCCAAGACGCCCCCCAGCAAGGACUCCUCCAAGACGCCCCCCAGCAAGGACUUCCCCAAGACGCCCCCCAGCAAGGACUCCCCCAAGACGCCCCCCAGCAAGGACUCCCCCAAGACGCCCCCCAGCAAGGACUCCCCCAAGACGCCCCCAGCAAGGACUCCCCCAAGACGCCCCCCAGCAAGGACUCCCCCAAGACGCCCCCCAGCAAGGACUCCCCCAAGACGCCCCCCAGCAAGGACUCCCCCAAGACGCUGCGUCCCACUAAAGAACAGUUCGGGGAGCCCCAGAAGUCCCCCCCCCCCGGGAGAAAAACAAGUCGACUACCCUCCGCUGCCGUCGGAAUAA